UCUGUUUCUUAACACUGUUAGUCAAAGCACUUGAAAGUAGUUGUGUGCUAGAUUUGCAAGUUUUAGUCUGUUUCCUCAGUUGAUGCAUCCUGGUUACUGUUUCAGCAGAAUGUAACAGCUCACCCCUGAUUCAUGUGAGGCAGUCUUUGUAGGAAAACUGCCUUGUGCCACCAAGUGUUUUUAAAAAAAAGAUUAAAAUUAUGACUGAUUCUCAUCUUAAAUCUGAGGAUUUCAAGGUGGUUGAUAAACACCUGUUAACCAGUUGUUUCAACCAUUAAAACAGUAACGAUUUAUGAAAACGUAAAAGUGAACGUGACUGUAUACAGCACAGUUAUGGUGCUCAACUACAAAAUUUUUUGUAAUUUGACUGUCCCCCAGUGGGAGCUUUAUCCACUCCUUUCAGUUCCUCCUCCUACCCAGCAUUGGAAAUUAGUGUAAGACUUGAAGAAGGAAGGAAACUGUUCAAAAAAGCUCUGAAACUUUCGAGACGGAACACUGAGGUUUUUGGGGAGUGGGGGAGAGUUGUCAAGAAUAUGAGUUGGAAAACAGAUCAGAAUGCACAACACUAAAUUUGUAAUGAAAUGGAGUCUGGGUCAAGCUCUUUUCGAGUGGAAUUUCCAGAUUUUUCUAGCACCAUUUUGCAGAAGUUAAACCAGCAGCGCCAGCAAGGACAAUUAUGUGAUGUGUCCAUUGUAGUUCAGGGCCACCUCUUCAGAGCCCAUAAAGCUGUUCUUGCAGCUAGUUCACCUUACUUCUGUGAUCAGGUUCUCCUAAAAAACAGCAGGCGUAUAGUCCUGCCUGAUGUGAUGAAUCCAAGAGUAUUUGAAAACAUUCUUCUGUCUACCUAUACAGGUCGGCUGGUAAUGCCUGCUCCAGAAAUUGUUAGUUAUUUGACAGCAGCAAGUUUCCUUCAGAUGUGGCAUGUAGUGGAUAAAUGCACUGAAGUGCUAGAGGGGAACCCAACAGUUCUGUGUCAGAAGAUGAAUCAUGGCAGUGAUCAUCAGUCCCCGAGCAGUAGUAGUUACAAUGGCCUUGUUGAAACCUUUGAACUUGGCUCUGGAGGACAGACGGAAUUCCACAAAGUGCAGGAACUAAGGGAUGGCGAAAAUGAAGAAGAGAGCUCUAAAGAUGAGCUGUCAUGUCAGCUGACUGAACAUGAGUACCUUCCCAGUAAUUCUUCAACAGAACAUGAUAGACUUAGCACUGGAAUGACAAGUCAGGAUGGCGAAGAAGGAACUAGUGAUAGUGCAGAGUAUCAGUAUACCAGACCUAUGUAUAGCAAACCCAGCAUCAUGUCUCACAAGCGGUGGAUCCAUGUGAAACCAGAAAGAUUUGAACAAGACUGUGAAGGUGUGGAUAAUCCUUAUGAUGAGCACCAAGUUUCUGAAUCCAUGAAUGCUAUUCAGGCCGAUCAUUCAAUCCAGUCUUCGGGUGUUGAAGACUUUCAUAUAGGUGACAAAAAGAUGGAAGCAGAAUUUGAUGAACAGGCAGAUGAAAGUAAUUAUGAUGAACAAGUUGACUUCUAUGGCUCUUCUAUGGAAGAAUUUUCUGGUGAAAGGGCAGAUGGAAAUUUAAGUGCCCACAGACAGGAUCUUAUGAUUGCAGCAGGCUAUGGUGAAGGCAUUGAAAUGGCUACAGGAAUUAAAGAAGAAACAUCCCUCACUGGAUUCUCACAUGCUGAUAAGCUGUAUCCUUGUCAGUGUGGAAAAAGCUUUACACACAAAAGUCAGAGAGAUCGGCAUAUGAGUAUGCACCUUGGUCUUCGACCUUAUGGCUGUGGUGUCUGUGGUAAGAAAUUCAAAAUGAAACACCAUCUUGUAGGCCAUAUGAAAAUUCAUACAGGCAUAAAACCAUACGAGUGUAACAUCUGUGGGAAAAGAUUUAUGUGGCGGGACAGUUUUCAUCGGCAUGUGACCUCUUGUACCAAGUCAUAUCAAGCUUCUAAAGCUGAGCAGAGUACUACUGAGAUGAACUAAGACUUUAGUGCUUACAUUUGUUUAGUAGAGUAAGCAAAAUAAACUAAUUAUGCAAAUAAUGUCUGGUACUUGCUAUUGUAAAUUCUCAAAAAAACAAGUUCUAAUGAUUAUGCUGGUAUAAGCAGACCAAACUUUUAUUUUCCACAGUAUUACUCCAGGUGUUCAAUGUGUGAAGUGCAAAUGGUUAAUCUGAAAGGUGCUUGCAAAAUGAGGUCUGUAAGGUCUUUGUGACAUUGAUUGUAAUCACAGCAGUAUUUAGAAGCCCUGUUGUUUUUCUAAGUCUUCUAAACUCACAGUAAAACCCAGUUCUAAAUUGACCCAAAUCCUUCAAAUACAUAGAUGAAGCAGGAAUUCAAGUAGCCCUACUUAGUGGAAAAGAGAACUAGGAUGACUAAACCAGGUUAUAUGAUUCACAUUUUAAUGAAAAAAAAUUAGAAUUCCACCUCAAACUGGAGACGGCCAACAUACUUAACAUGCAUCAUUAGAUAGUGUACAUCAUUAAAUAGCCUUUGCUGUAUUGCUUAAUGAAAGGCUGUGUUAAAGAUGGUUUGGCUUUCCUUUAUCUGUCUUCCAUUUUUUUAUCCAUCUUUACUAAAACAAAUGUCUAAUUUUGUGCUGAUUUCUAUUUAGAAUCUGUAAAGCACUUAAAUAUAGUUGAGCACUAUAUAAACUUCAAUCUGUAUUAAGUAUAAUUUGUCUUUGCUCCUCUAGGGUCUAAUGCUGUAUGAGUCUUGGCUUGACUUGAUUUUGAUUGCUACAUCGUGAGAGCUUCUAGAAGUGUCUGUAAUAAGUAUAGCUUGUCAAAAAAAAAAAAAAGAAAUAAGAUGUAACAUUUGGAACUUACCCAAACCAAUCAAACAUUUAAACUGUAGUUUUCUGUUCAGAUUUUUGUGGCUUACUACAGUAGCAAGUACCAAACUCUGUGGAUUCAUGAAUUGACUUUUUAUUGGUACAAAAACUUCUUUGAGAACUUCUAUAUAGUUUUAGAAACCUGUUUUAGGAAAAUUUAGUCAUUGAUAGGUAUUUAUACUUUUAAUUCUUUACUCUUUGAAUAGUAAGAACUAUAAUACAGAUUCUUGGUACUGAACUACUGUGACUGGUUACAUGUGAUCACAAGCAGCCAGAGUUGUUUACCUCCUCAAACAAAGUUGCUUGUGGAAAAAAAGUAGAAAGUAUGGUAUUUGGAUCUGUUAAUGGUACUGCAGAACAUGGUACCAUGCUCACAUCCGAAGUCUGGAUUUUUACUGGGAAAGUGGCACUUCUGCUUCUUUAGGGUGAGGAUCUAUAUGCUGGGCUCUCAUUCUUAGAGAUAGAUGGAGGAGUGUUUGUAGUUCUGAGAGAUGCUGCCAGCUCUGCAGGUAGAGUGAAUGCAUCAAUUGUAAAGGUGGCAACAGGAUUUUGGGGUUGAAAGCUUAAUGCAGUCUGAUGCAAAAGCAAUUAACCCUUCUUUGUAGUUUACUGAAACAUAUUAUAAAAAAGGAAAGAGCCUUUAGAGCAUACAAAGACUGUAAUAGAAAGGGGUGAUGUCCAAGUACAGUGCUGGUAACAUGGGGGAAAAAGUUAACCAGCAUCGAAGGCCUAAGCCUCUCUGCCCCCAAUUUAUGUUUUAGAUACUGCAAUAUGCAGGAUAAUGUACUUAAACAGAUGACCCUGUAUGGUGACAUUACAAGGAAAAACACACAAAGAUAAUUACUACUAAGAUGCUUUUUUGAACUCCCUGUUACAAAUUGUCUUAAGAUACAGCCGAACUGUAUCCUGAACAUGAAUGUCUGGUACAAGCGGGGGGUUUACUACUCAGUGGGCUGUAAUUACUGUAACUUCUUUUCUGGCAUUCUACUUACAAACUUUAAUUUUUUUAAGAGGCUCUUAAUUCUUAAUCUUCUAAUGCUUCAGAUAUUUUUCAUAUGGAAUUUUGUUAAAACAGAUAUUCCCAAAUAUGAUGAACCCAUUGCUGGCAAUGGGCAUGAAUGGUCAGCACCACAGAGUUCCUAUUCUUAGCACUUAAUUGAACUCUACAAUAUACCAUGGUGGCCAUAUAUAACCCUUGUAAUCAAGGUAACUAAACAGGGAUUUGCUCACUAACACUGUAACCUGCUUAAUGUAUAGAAGCACUUUGUAUUUAA